ACAACUUCUUGUGUAUAAACAAUCGGCAAGACAUGUGCGACCGAGAGCGAUGAGAAGGGCGUUUAUUAGAAUUUACAGGUCAUAUUGUAUGCAACUUCGACCUAAUUUGAUCAACAAUUACAGCAGUGAGCAACGACUGUCUACAUCAACAUCAUCAAUGAACAUGAACUUGCAAGAAUGUGUCAACCGUCUUAACAAACUUGCAUCGCCCUCUUUGGCGGAGAGCUGGGACAACGUAGGGUUGCUUGUGGAACCUACCCCACCCCACACUGUCAGUACAUUGUUUAUGACCAAUGAUUUGACAGAAGAUGUUUUGGAAGAAGCAAUUCUUAGAAAAUCAUCCAUGAUCCUGUCUUACCAUCCACCAAUUUUUGGUGCACUGAAGCGACUCACUAUGGCCAGCUUUAAAGAACGUAUCAUUGUUAAAGCUAUUGAGAAUCGUAUCGCUGUCUACUCGCCUCACACAGCCUACGAUGUUGUCAAAGAUGGCCUAACAGAUUGGCUUGCAGCUGCCCCAGGAAGUGGUGAUAUAGAAGUUUUUACAGCAACUGCUAAGUCAAGAGAACAUUGUGCUGCUGAGGACAACCACGUUGAUGUUAGAGAACUGGACUCAUCUGUAGCAGUGAAGUUGAAACAGGACCUAGCCAGCAAAUGCAAUAUUCAAACUGUGCAGCUUUAUAAUCAAGCAGCUACUAAACAAAAACCAACUUCAGAAUUACUUUCAAUGAGCUUUGCUUGCCAAUCAGCCAGUCUUGCAAGUGUUGUGGAUGUGAUUUCUCAGUAUAACGCGAGUAAAACAACACAAAUUACACAACUGGAAAAGGCUGCAAUUCCAGGUGCAGGCAUGGGAAGAAUAAACACCUUACAUGCAAAUCGUUCCACACACGACAUCAUAAACAGUACUAAGAAACAUUUAGGUGUUGACUUUUUAAGUGUGGCCUAUGGAAGAGGCAAGAACUCAGAGUCUAUGGUGAAGAAGGUUGCUGUGUGUGCUGGUUCGGGUUCUAGUGUUUUGAUGAGUGCCCCAGCUGAUCUCUAUAUCACUGGUGAAAUGUCACACCAUGACAUUCUAGAAAUCAAUUCACAGGGUAUAAGUGUCAUUCUUAGUAACCACAGCAACAGUGAACGUGCAUAUUUGAAAAUAUUAAAAAAAAAACUGGAGAUGAUUUUGGAGGGUAAAGUUGAUAUUAUUAUUUCCAAGGUUGAUUCAGAUCCAUUAGUUACUGUGUAGAGUUGUUACAACCAUCUCUGUUGCAUUGAAGAUAUAUAAACUGUUGCUAUGGAGAAUGGACCUUUCCAGUGUCAAACUUAGCAACUGACGAAUCAGAAUAGAGCACACUUCUCAUUCAUUCAUUCAUUUCACUGCCUGUUCCACACAUAAAACCAUUGUGGUUUUAUGGUGAAAACUAUGUCCAUAAAUUAAGUAAAUUUGCCAUGGAAAUUGUGUGGAAAUAGUACAUACUGUAUUUAUUCAAAUAAAUGCCUCCCCCUCUGGACCCUUAUUUGGAAUAAACACCUUUGAAUAAAUGCCC